AUGUCUCUGGCGGACACAUCGCCAGCCACGCCCUUUGGGGCUCAAGUGAUGGCGAGGAGCAGCACACACGAGCCGUACAUGCUCAGCAAGGAAUCGAUUCAUAUAAUUUCCAUUCUCGAGAGAGUCAGCUCAGUGCCCUCUCUGCUUGCGUCGAUCUUCGUCAUAGUCACCUUCCUGACCUCACACGCCUUCCGGAAACCCAUCAACCGCCUCGUGUUUUACGCAUCCUUCGGCAACCUCAUGACGAAUGUAGCCACUCUCAUGGCGCUAUCGUUUACUAAGAGCCCUAACAGUGCCGGGUGCCAGCUUCAAGCCUUCCUCAUCCAAAUGUUCAUGCCUGCUGAUUGUCUUUGGACUCUGGCCAUGGCUAUUAAUGUCUACCUCACCUUUUACCAAAAGUUUGACGCACGCAAGCUUCGCAAGAUGGAAAUUCCGUAUCUCGUCUUCAACUAUGGCGUCCCUUUGGUCCCCGCCUUCGUCUUCAUUUUCAUCAAGGACAAGGGCGGAUCCCGGAUGUACGGAGAUGCGACACUAUGGUGCUGGGUGACUCCCGAAUGGCAAACCUUCCGAAUCGCCACCUUUUAUGGUCCGGUCUGGUUGGUGCUCUUUCUGACCAUGCUCAUCUACGUACGCGCCGGACGAACGAUUUACGAAAAAAGAAAAAUGCUUUACAACAUUAGCGUUCCCGACAGCGACACCGACCCGUACUCGACGUCCAAAACGACGGAAGUUUUUGUUACUACUGAGGUAGUUGAUCGUGGCCAGGGAUCUAACAUGCCACCAUCUGCUGUGGUCGCCGGUCGUCAUCGCCGAGACUCGAGUGUUACGAACUCUCAACAGGGACAGGCACCGAGCGGUGCGGCGUACUCGGUCACCAUUUCCGCCGAUGUUGAGAAUCAGGCUGCGGCCCCCGUCCCGCCGACGUCAACAACUACCAUGCAUGUGCAGAGCGGACCUUCCACCAACACCAAAAACACGCUCUCUGCACUUCAACGACGGAAGAACUACGAAGCGAACAACGCGGCCUGGUCUUACACGAAGUGCGCUAUUCUGUUCUUCGCAGCCAUCCUGAUUACGUGGAUCCCGUCUAGCGCCAACCGAGUCUAUUCCGUUCUCAAUAAUGGCCACUCGAUUCUUGGACUCGAGUAUGCUGCGGCGUUCGUCCUUCCGCUCCAGGGAUUGUGGAACUGUGUUAUCUACAUCACCACCUCCAUGACCGGAUGCAAGACGUACUUCCGAGAGCUGGGUCUCUUGCCCGCACCAAAGUCGAAUGAGAAUAUCGCCCUUCGAUCGGACUUUUCUCGACGUACCGGAACGAAGAAAUACGAAAGCGAGAGUAUGACGGAGCUCCAAAUUAGUAGGCCGAACUCGAACGACUUGCGAUCUCACUAG